AUGAACUCUGCCGUCUACUUCCUCCUCCUGAUGCUGCCUCUGAUCUCUGCUCAGAUCACUCGAUGGGGUCCCUGUCCCACUCCACGUUUACAGCCAAACUUCAACCUUGAAAGGUACCUUGGAAAGUGGUAUGAGAUCGAGAAGAUACCUACCUUCUUUGCUCAAGGAAAGUGUGAUGAGGUAAACUAUUCACUGAGGAACAAUGAUACCAUCAAGGUGGUGAACUCUCAGAUGUUUCAAGGCAACUACAGAUAUAUUGAAGGGACAGCUGUGAUUCAGAACACAAGGCAGCCAGCCAAACUCGGAAUCAGUUUCUCAAAUUUUACUCCCUACAGCACAUACUGGAUUGUAAGCACUGACUACACCAGUGUGGCCAUCGUUUACUCCUGUACGGACAUUCUUCACCUGUUCAACUACCAAUAUGUCUGGAUUUAUGGACGUUCACGUUCCCUGCCUGCAAUGAAAAUAAAUAAUGCCAAAAAAAUGCUGCGGAAAGAAGGUAUCAACGUUUCCAAGAUGAAACGCACAGAUCAAAACUGUAACACUGACCAAGCUGAUAGAGUCGCUUUCUGCUAA